AUGGAGAAAGGUGGUGACAUAGAGAGUGGCAACUGUAAUAAUAAGGAACUGUAUCCUGGAAUGAGUGAGUCGCCGGAGCUACGUUGGGCCUUUAUAAGGAAAGUUUACGCCAUAAUAUCCAUGCAGUUCCUUCUCACUUCCGCCGUUGCUUCCGUUGUCGUCUUUGUGAAGCCCAUUCCUCACUUCUUCACCAACACUGCCCUCGGCCUCGUCGUCUACAUCCUUAUCGUUGUCCUUGCCCUCAUAAUGUUGUACCCAUUGUCCACUUAUCGCAAGCAUCAUCCAUGGAACUUUCUUCUUCUCAUCAUCUUCACAGUGGAUCUUUCUUUUGCUGUGGGAGUUUCUUGCUCUUUUUCAAAAGGAAGAAUAAUUUUGGAAGCUGCUAUUCUGACCAGUGCGAUGGUUGUUAGCCUCACUCUCUACACUUUCUGGGCUGUGAGAAGAGGCAAUGAUUUCAGCUUUCUUGGACCCUUUUUGUUCGCCUCCCUCCUGAUGCUUAUUGUUUUCACCCUCCUCCAGAUCUUUUUUCCUCUUGGAAAGCUAGCACACAUGAUCUUGGGUUGCUUGGCAUCGAUCAUUUUCUGUGGCUACAUUAUAUAUGACACUUGCAACUUGAUCAAGCGCUAUACGUAUGACGAAUAUAUCAUCGCUGCAGUCGACAUAUAUCUUGAUAUCAUCAACCUCUUCCUUGCUCUUCUUUCGGUUUUAGAUGAUGUUUGACUGAUAACCUGAACAUUAACCAUCGCGCAUAUGACAAAUAUAUCAUGACUGCAGUUAUUGGUUACAUGGA